GCUGAUGAAUGGGGAGGAGGGCCGAAGGAGCUGCCAAAGUGUAUAAAAGGAGAGAGAGGGGAAGUCGCUGAUGUGAAAUCCACAGCGAGCAAAUACCCACCGAGGAGCGGAGACGAACAGGAAUACCUUUAAUUGCUUUUUAAACCUUUUGACACAGACCGCUUUGGAUCAUUUGUUGAACCGCAUCAAAAGAGGGGUUGAAAGAACACAUUCGUCCGCAUAAUUUGUUUUACAUUUUCCCCCUUUUCUCUUUUUCUCCCUGGGAGAGACGGACCUCUAAGUGCAUCAGUAUGUUGAACAAUAUGGAUUUGAAUGCGAAAGAUUCUUUUUACCCUCAGUUUGAGAAUUGCAACAGUUCUUCCGUGGGAAUGGAAAACAGCGCGCGGAAAGACAACCAGGAGGUGUAUGUCGAUGCAGAGCGGGGGGUACCUGCCCAGUUUGGCCACGAAGGAACCCCUGCAACCCUCAAAACCGAAGCCUCCAACUCGGAAUUUGCGUUUAACCCCUGCGAGUGCCCAAAAGACACCUACACCCCCUCCUCGCUCGCCUACUCUGGCAGUUUCUAUGUUGAGGCAUCUCAGGGAGCGCCGUGCAGCACCGAAACACUUCUCAAUAUGAUCACUGAGAUUGUGGGAAUAUCCACACUGCCACUUUCAGAAAUGACACACGGCGGCAACAGUCGGGGAACUUAUCCGUCGCCCGCGCCGAUGGACAGCAGCAGCGGCGGCAAUUUUGGAGACCCCGGCGUCAAGAGGCAACCCUACACCUGCUCGGGACCUACUCCCCCCCUGUACUCCCCGGACCAGACGUGCCCGGGGUACGCUGAAGAUCAGAAUGGAAGCCAGGCUCUAGACCCGUCCACUUCCCAGCUGAGCUUCGGUUCCUCCCGAGCUCCUAACCAGAAGAAGGAUGAACCGAAGUCAGAGGCCGCUUCUUUCCCCGUCGUUGUCAAGAAUGAGUUUGAAAGCAGCUGCUACGAGUGGGGGGCAUUCAGUAAGUCUGGCUGUUUGGAGACGAGUUUCCAGACAGAAACCUUCCCGAUGUCCAGCGAUUUCCCCCCCGACCAGCAGAUGGAUGUCAAGGAACUUUUAGACACAUUCCCCCCAAUCUGUCCCAACCCAGAGAUGGAGUUUAAAGUGGAGGGGGGAAUCAAACAGGAACCGUGUUUCUCUGACACCUGUUCUCAGAGCUACUCAAGCCCCCUGUACAAUAAUUACCUCCCACCACCUCCGAUGGGCCUCUCCUCCAACCUGAAAUCCUUCACCGACCCCCCGCAGCCAUCUAAUCAGUGCGAUUCCCUGUACACGUCACCAGCUUUACCGAGCACCAUAGACUCCAUCCUCUAUUCUUCUUUGCUGCCAGAUUCGUUCGCCCAAAGUUACACCACCCGUGCGACGAAGCCCCCCAGGGCCAGGAAGAGCCCCGCCGCCUCUCACGGCCCGGCCAAAGAGAAACCCUUCACCUGCCCCAUGGAGAGCUGCGACCGGCGCUUCUCUCGCUCGGAUGAGCUCAACCGGCACAUCCGCAUCCACACGGGCCACAAACCGUUCCAGUGCCGCAUCUGUUUGCGCAGCUUCAGCCGUAGCGAUCACCUCACCACCCACACCAGGACUCACACCGGGGAGAAGCCGUUUUCCUGCGACGUCUGCGGCAAACGGUUCGCUCGCAGCGACGAGAGGAAGCGGCACGGACGCGUACACCUGAAACAGAAGGAGAAAAUGGAAAUAAAGCCACAAGUGACCACCAGCGCGUGGACUUUCACUCUUCCCGAGGGAAUUUGAAGCCAAUGCGGUGGUUCCACAUGUACAGUAUUAGAAUCUCUCCGUCUUGGAAGAUAAGCCAGCUGACCACGAGUUGAUGUCUGAGUUCGUUCGACUGGCGAGCCCAUGCCUGGCACAAGAGGUUUUUGCAAAUAUUGCAGUUUUCUUUCAGGAGCAGAAGGGGAGAGAGGUCUGCUUCGGCCUUAUUGCUUGCUGCUGACGCGUCUGACUUUAUGCAAAGAUGCAUAGGUUGAAAAGUCGGUAAACGGAUCAACAGUGACUUGUUGCUGUUUUUGUCAGUAGAGCCCAAACCUCUCUGCUGCGGCACUGCAUGACUGCUGUUCAGCACCUCUUGACCUGGACAGCUCCAACCUCCAUCGCCUCAGAGCCGAGAUGGAUUGCACUUACAGAUUAUUAAUAUUUCCAUUUAAGAUUCUUAUUUUCUGCUUUUAGCAUUCUUAGAGCAAUGGUUUGGACAAUGUUUCUUAAAACGCAUGUUUAUGUCGGUGUUUUUUUCUUUUUCUUUUUUCUUUAAGCGGAAUAUCAACCACUGUCAAGGUAUACUCCUUCGCUGAUGGGUUUUGACAUGAAUGUAGGCAAACUUAUUUAUGGUUUGACCAUAAUGCUGUCCAUCUUUGAACAAAUUUAGUGUUUGUUUAACUUCUUAUCAUUUGACUGUCGGUGUUUUUGUCAUUGGUCUUUGUGUUGUAUUACACUUGUUUGGAUUAUAACAAUUGUGAAAGAUAUAUCAUAAAUGGGAAAUAAAUAUAUUUGUAUUACUGUA